AUGCCCUGGAAAGUUCCGAUGCUUGAUUUUCGCCCCGUUGUCGUCCUAGGUGCCGGUAUCUUGGGCCGUCGUAUUGCCUGUACGUUCGUGGCCGCUGGAUAUAAUGUUCAUAUCUAUGAUAUAUCGAACAACGCCUUAAAUGAAACAAUUCGGUAUAUUGAUGAAAAUAUGGAGAAGUUCACAACACUCUCUAAAGUUGUGAAACUCCAGGGAUCCUGCUCGGUCUUCACAAAUUUUGAAGCUGCUGUUCCUAAAGCCUGGCUAGUCAUAGAAGCUAUUCCAGAAAUCCUCGAGCUGAAGUCUCAAAUAUUAGGCGUACUAGACAGGAUAGCGCCGGAAGACUGCAUUUUUGCGUCCAAUAGCUCAUCAUUCAAAUCAUCGUUGAUGUUGAGCGAAGUUAGUAAGGAAAGAAGGAGACUUGUCUUGAACGCACAUUUUUAUAUGCCUCCAAACAUCCGAAUUGUGGAGCUAAUGACAGAUGGAGAGACACAAUCGGAGAUUUUUCCAUUCCUUUCGGGGGUCUUGGAAUCUUGCGGAAUGAUACCUGUGAUUGUUAAGAUUGAGUCCACUGGAUUUAUCUUUAACCGGCUAUGGGCUUCCAUUAAGCGUGAAAUUCUUCUUAUCCUUGCUGAGGGCGUCAGCGAGCCAAAGCAAAUUGACCUCCUCUGGAGGCAUAUGUUCAAAUCAACUGUAGCACCCUGUGAGUUGAUGGAUGAUAUUGGGCUAGAUACUGUCGCACUUGUCGAAGAUAACUAUAUUGCAGAGCGACAACUUGACGGGAGAAUGACUGUUGAUUGGCUUCGAGACCGCUAUCUCUCCCAUGGAAAGGUGGGCAAGAAGUCCAUUAACGGCGGGCUCUAUCAUCCCUCGACUAAUACACCGAGUUCUCCUCAACUCUGUCUUCCUGAUAUAUCGAUCUAUAUCAUAGAUGUGGGUUCGGGUGGCAAUCUCAAGGAUAUGGAUCAUCAAUUUGCGAAUGGAAGGCUGGUUCGGUUCACGCCAGUCACGAACAGCCUUUCCACACUUAUAUCUGGUCUGAAUGCACCAGAUGGAAUUGACAUAUCCUCAUCCAUUGGGAAAUUGUUCUGGACUAAUACGGGUCAUCUGGCAUCCGUCCCGGAUGGGUCCAUCAUGUCAGCCCGGCUUGAUGGUAGAGGCGCCAAGACUCUCAUUUGUGACGGCCAAUUGUACACCCCAAAACAAUUGGUUGUAGAAGAUAAUACCCAAACAUUAUACUUCUGUGAUCGUGAGGGCAUGUCUGUUCACCGUUGUGGUUUCUAUGGUCAGUCACACGAGAUACUUAUUAAACGUGGUGAACCCGGCACCGACGAUAGAUACGACAUGACCCGGUGGUGUGUUGGAGUGGCGGUAGAUGCAAAAGCUGGAAAGAUCUACUGGACGCAGAAGGGACCCUGUAGAGGCUAUAAGGGAUGCAUAUAUAGGACAAAUAUUGAGACCCCCUUGGGUCAGACAGCAGAGGCCCGGUCGGACAUUGAGACAAUAUUUGAGGGAUUACCUGAGCCUAUCGAUCUUGCACUGGACGUGGGGGAAGGGAUGCUAUACUGGACUGAUCGCGGAGAACUUCCUAGAGGAUGCUCGCUAAAUCGGGCGUACGUUGGGGGAGGCGGAUAUAGUGAAACACAAGAACAUCCUGAUAUUCUCGCACGGCAUUUCGACCAACCCAUAGGGCUCAAACUUGAUCUGAAAUGGAAAAAGAUAUAUGUGGCAGAUCUCGGUGGUUCUUUGUAUCGCUUGAAUUUAGAUGGAAGCGGGAAAGAGACUCUCAUUGCCGGACAGGGUGCAUAUGCAGGUAUUACAUUGUUCAGCAGUUGCAGCUGA